GCAGGGCGGGAAUACAGGGCGGCCGCUUGUCGCGCUCCGUGCGAUUGCGCUCGACGAAUUCGCGAAAUGGAAUUACUUGGUUUGGUGAUGCUCGUAGCCUGCGCGUCGGCUGCUGUGCCGGCAGCUGUGCCGACGCCGGCGCCGGCAACUAAGUGUGAACGGGCGCCCGCACACGCUUCACCCUCGGAUGAGCACUACCGCAUUAGUGUUUCUGGCGAACCUGAUUUAUUCUUACCUGGAGAACUGUACACAGUGUCGCUGCAAGGCAUAGAUAGUGGACAAGGACCCACCCCAUUCAUAGGAUUUACGAUAUGGGUCGAGGUAAAAUCUGACCAGCCCAAAAUUGAUGAGGGCACGAACCAAUCUAAUGAGACUAAGGCUGCUAACCUGACGCUGGGUACGUUCCAAGCGUAUGAUGCUCAGGCGAAGAUUAUGGAAGUCUGUUCCCCGUCCGUUGAUAACGCUACUGCACAUCCCAAGACUGAAGUACAGGUAAUUUGGAAUGCACCAUCUGGCAUGGGCAUAGGUACGCCAGAAAUGUGCGUGAGAGUGUGCGCACGUGUGGGUCCCUACCCUGGAGUAGGUGCUGGCGGUGGUGGCUGGUCCAUUCUAGCGAGGGAACUGUGCUCAGCCCCCGCAGCGCCUCAUUAUUCAGCCAAAUUACCGCCUAUUAUAGAACCAUGUUGUGCCUGUGAUGAAGCCAAGUAUGAAGUAACGUUCGAAUGCCUAUGGUCUCGUAACACGCAUCCCCGCGAGUUUCCGCCAGAAAGUGCACACGCACAUUUUGGUGAUGUGAUCGGCGCAUCACACACCGCGCAGUUCCGAGUGUGGCAGGAGGGCCGCGUGGCUAGCCCCGGUGUGCGGCGACUGGCUGAUGAUGGCACUACUGUAGCUCUAGAGAAGGAAUUGAAGGCUGAGAGCGACCACAUCAGGACAAUAAUCAAAGCUCGUGGUAUAUCGUGGCAGCAAGUUGGCGGGGCUGGGAUCCCUAACACGUUUGCAGUGUUCCGAGUUGACGCGAAGCAUCACUUGAUGUCACUCGCCGCUAAGUUAGCACCCUCUCCCGAUUGGAUAGUGGGAGUUUCUGCUCUCGAAUUGUGUAAUGCUAAUUGCACGUGGAGUAGAUCUGCCACUAUACCCUUGUACCCUUAUGAUGCUGGAACUGAUAAUGGUGUAACUUAUACGUCUCAUCGCAAUCCUACGAUCCCGGCAACACCAGUUCGUGCUUUAAGGCCUGAUUGGCCUCGCGAUGCUAGAUCUCCUUUCUACAGCACCAACGGUGAAAUGAGACCCUUUGCAAGACUGAGGUUGACACGACUACGACUUUACGAAAAGAGUUGUGAUGGAACCGGAGAGCCAGAUCGGGUGUCGGAGCAUCAAGUAGGCCAGGGUACGGCAGCAAGCGGGGGCGCGUGUGCGGUGCAUGCAUGGGGACAAUGGGGCCCCUGCAGUGUAUCAUGCGGACCUGGCCGUGCCACCCGCCAGAGGGACUACAUAUGGCCCACUCGCGCGUAUGCCGAGGCCUGUCGAGUGCCGCUUACUGACUACCGUAGGUGUCAUGGACCAAGAAUGCAUUGCAGGGCACCAUCGGAAUACGAGCCUGACCCGGCAGAGUCGACGGGUCCAUGCGCUGUAUCUAACUGGUCGGAGUGGUCGCCAUGCGAGGGUUGUGGAGUGCGUGCGCGCGUGCGUCACUAUGUAGCGCCUCGGGCCUAUAAGCGUUGCCAUAUUGGAUACCGCGCACGGACCAUUAUGAGCCAAGCCAUGCCCUGCGAAAUGGGACCCUGUCAGAAGCCUCCUCCGAAAUCGAACAUAAGCGCAUUUGAUUGGUUCUUUGUGGACACUCCCCGCGGAGACUGUCACGUGUCGCCGUGGGGUAGCUGGUCUCCGUGCUCGGCCAAGUGUGGGCGGGGACGCCGGCUGCGCACGCGCCUGUACGUAGUGCACAACUCCACGGUGCAGGCGGCCAUGACACGCCGUCUUUUUGAAAUGUGGAGCAAACGGUUCAUGGAGCUGCAGUCUUUGCCGUACACAUCACACGAGAAUUUGACGGCUGAAGAUCCAGCGGUCGAGAGUAAGGUGCAGGAGUUCAUUGACCGCUGCCAGUUCACUCUCACACAGCAAGAAGCACUCUGCGAUGGAGAUGAUAUCAGCUGCCUGAAUAACACUGUUCCCCUUGAAGUCUGCAAGCAACCGCUAUCAGUUGGCCACUGCCGCGGUUACGAAGAACGUUGGUUCUACGAGUGGGCCAAGAAGACUUGUGAACCAUUUGGGUUCAGUGGGUGCGGGGGCAAUGGAAAUAACUUCCGCACUCGAGAUCAUUGCCUACGGGCCUGCGUGACUAGGGUCAACAUUACUGAGGUGAAUGUGACUACCGUCGCUAACGAUUCUGCGACAACCUUGAAGAAGCUGAAGCCGACGCCUCCACAUGUGGAUAAUGAAGUCAUUCAGAACGACGGCCCACCACUUUAUGGCAAGUAA